AAUCAUGACAAAUGGUCUAUGUGCACUGAAUUCAAUUGAACCGGAAAGUGACAAGAGUUGUAGUAAAUAUUGAAGAUGAGAUCUAGGUGACACUAGAUUGACCUCUUAAAACCAUUUUUCACAAAUUGAAAGCAAUCUGCAUAUGAACUUCUAUCCGUUGAUUUUUCCCAAAAUCAUAUUAUUCUCUCCAUUUUAGUUUAUUCUGGAUAUAAAUUGGUGAUUUCGUAGUCUAAUGUUGCGGUCAGAUAACUAGGAUGAGGUUCCCUUGACCCUACAUUCGAAGUACAUUCCUGCAGCACGUAUGAUGUGAAAACCCAUUAGGUUAUAGUAUAGAAAUAAUAUGUUCACCUAAGUGAUAAAAGAUUCAACGAGUUUUACAUUAUCAUUUAAGCCUAGAAUUUAUGAAGAAGAUUUAUAGCCUUAAACAAGGAACUUUCAACAGCUUAAUCUCGUUAUGCUGGUUCUCUUUACUUGGUGGAUCGUCUUAUAGUAUAUCCUUUUGGCACGUCUCCAUAUAACUAUCUUUGUUCCUUAGGCUCUAGGCUAGCUUCAAGUACAAGUACUCUUUUAACUUCUUGUGCAAUUACGAACUAGUGUUAGAUAAUCAGAAGCCAUUGCAAAAGGACAAUCCUAUAAUUCUCUUGAAUGUAUAUCUUGCAUGAGUUGUAUCUUGAGGGCUUACCAUGGUUAGGGCCUGUUUCAAGACUUUGAGAGAUCAAAGAGAUACUUACGGAUAAUUAAGUUGCAUAGCCUUCAUUAGCAAUGCAUUGCAUUUACUUUAUGUAGACUGAUACAUGAUCAAGCUUCAAUUUCAAGGAAGAGCAGCAAAAUAUGGUAAGAGUUUAUACAAUCACUAUUUAAGACUUUGCAUAAAGAGAAGAGGAUGACCAUCACUAUCAUCGCUUUAAAAUGCAUACAAAGAAGACGAUAUUUACAAGACAGAAUGCCAUUUGGUUUAAAUCAAAACAGGAACAAGGCAAACUAGAAUUAGAUGGAUUUGGUGAUGCAUUUGAGGGUUGAUAUUCAAGGGCGAAAAACAAUGUCUAGGGUGUUUAAUUGGAAGGAAAAGAUUUGCAAUACAAACAAUCGAAAUCACAUCAUGUUUGGCAGAAGAGGACUGAUCAAGUGCAUCAUUUCAUUGGUCUCAAAACGGUGUGCUUUGAUGUUUUAUCUUGUGUUGCAUGACAAGGCUUGUGGAUCAAGAAAAUGGCUAGGAUUAAACGGAAAAUUGCCGUUGUCGUAUCUUUGAUCACGUGUUGUGUGCCAUCUAAAUGCCAGUGAGGCUUGAUCAUGAAACUGCAAUGUAAGGGCAGUCCUAUGAGUACAAGAAAAGGCUGAAGGAACAGGGACGCCCCUAUUCAUAACCUCAAAUCUUCUUCAGAUUUGUGAUUCUUCGCAACAAAUUUCGCAGAUCUCCCUAUGCCUAAGAGGCAUUGCAAGUUCUUUGCUCGCGGAGCAUGUACCAAAGGGGACCAGUGUGAAUACUCUCAUGACAGAAAGAAUCCUUCAAUCAAUAUUUGUAGGUUCUAUCAGAAAGGCAUAUGUGCUUUUGGUGGUCAAUGCAAAUAUAAACAUAUCCAAACUUCUCAGGCACAAUCUUUGGAACAUGGAAGUCAGCUCCUGAAUUUUGAAAGACAUGGAAAGAGUAUAAAACUUGAGCAUCAAGAUUACCAAAAGAAUUAUGAUGCCAGCGAACCCAGUACUGCUUUACCAUCAAGAAAAAAGUGUUCUUGUAUUCCUGGAGAACUAUGUGUUUACUGUAAAAGGUUCUGCCUGUAUCAUUCUGAACCAAAUGAAAAAGAGGAGCAUUUGCAAAUCUGUGAGAAAAAGGAAAAGUACCUUGAGAUUUUGAAUAAAAGUCAAGAAAUAGAGUGCAGGAUUUGCUAUGAACGUGUUCUUUCAAAGCCUAAAGCAGAUGAAUGUAAGUUUGGUAUUCUUUCUGCGUGCAAUCAUCCUUUCUGUUUAUCAUGUAUCAGGAAUUGGCGUAGUAGUGCUCCAACCUCAUUUAUAAAGUUACCGGCCAAUAGAAAUGUGAAGACCUGCCCCAUAUGCCGGAAGUUAUCAUAUUACGUGAUUCCAAGUACUGUCUGGUAUUUUACAAUGGAAGAGAAACAGGAAAUUAUUGGCAACUACAAGACAAGCUGCAAGUUGAUUAAUUGCAGACAUUUUGACUUGGGAAACGGAUAUUGUCCCUUUAGGAAUAAUUGUUUCUACAGGCAUACAGUGAAGCCUGGUUCAUAUACAUGGAUACAUCACAAACCACCACCAGCUCCACCCAGAUCAUAUCUGGAUUUGCCAAGUCAAGAAUUUCCUCCAAAUUUAGAGCUUUUCAAUGAGAUGUAUCCUUCAGAGAUAAGGGGUUUACCAGGGACACUGGUUAAUUCAAUGCAGUUUGAUGCUGACACCUCAAAUGAUGAAACUGACCCUUCCUUUGGCUUGGCUGCUAUGUCUGAAGUUUUAGAUUCUAAUUCAGACGCCAUUGAUUCUGAAGACUUGAAUCUAUUUGAGAUUAUGCCAUUAACUCAUCAGGGUCCGGAUGGUUCAUGGUGGUUUGGUAUUGAAGGUUUUGAUGAUCAAGCAAUGGGUGUUGUGCCUUCUGUAGCGGGGCAGGGUGGUUCAUCUUUGUCUGUUCCUGAUAUGCCCCCAUCAGAGACACUUGGUAGUUCGUCGGGUCAUGAAGAUCCUAAAGUAUCAAAUAAUGAAGAGCAGAAUCCUGCUGAGCCAUCAUGAUUCUCCAUGAUGCUGCAUUCUAGUGUGAAAUGAGGGGAAUUGUUGAAUCUUUAGCUUCUUUUUUUUUGGGGGGUUGGGGUUGACAUUUGAGAACAGAUUUACUCCUAUUCUGAUGAAUCUC